AUGACAGAUUAUUCAUUGUUUACCAAACAAAAUGACACUUCUUACACUGCUGCCAUAGUUUAUGUUGAUGAUGUUAUAGUUGCUGGGAAUGAUCCCUUAGUCAUUUCUUUUCUCAAAGCCUUUCUCAAUGAGCACUUUGGAAUCAAGGAUAUUGGACCACCCAGUUUUUUCUUGGAUCUUGAGGUAACCCGCACUGAUUUAGGCAUAUUUCUCAGUCAAGAAAAAUAUAUUCGUGGGAUACUUCAAGACACAGGGAUGAUAGACUUUAAGCCUGCACCAACACCCAUGGAGUGUCAAAGACACUUCACUGACUCUUCCAGUCCUUCUCUGACUGAUCCAACACAAUAUCGCCAGCUUGUUGGCCGACUAGUGUACCUCACUAUCAUUAGACCGGACCUCUGCUUUGCUGUCAACUGCUUAAGUCAGUUUCUGCAUGACCCCAACACAGAACAUCUCGAUGUUGCUUUGCGUGUUGUUCGCUAUCUCAAAGGCACUUCCUCUUUUGGCAUCUUCAUGGCAGCCCAGAAUGACCUCAUUCUUCGAGGAUUUUGUGACUCAGAUUGGUCCAGCUGUCCACUAACACGACACUCCACUACAAGUUACAUUACCAUGCUUGGCAACUCUCCCAUAUCUUGGAAAACAAAGAAGCAACAUACCGUUUCACACUCCUCUGCUGAAGCGGAGUAUCGUGCAAUGGCAGUCACAACCUCCGAACUCUUAUGGCUCAAAAGACUCCUUGCUGAACUCACCAUCUCUGUUAAUUCCAUACCUCUACAUUGUGACAGUAAGACUGCCUUACACAUCGCAACAAAACCAGUUUUUCACGAGCGUACAAAACACAUCAAGAUCGAUUGCCACUUUGUUAGAGAUCAUGUCCAACAAGGAACCAUUCAUCCACAACAUUUACCUAGCUACAAUCAGUCGGUUGACUUGUUUACUAAAGCUCUUAACUCUGAUCAAUUUCAUCACCUUUUAUCCAAGUUGGACAUUUGA